AUGCUGACGGAAACGGAUGUGUCGGUGAUAUAUAGUGUAACCGAGGAUCCUAUAACCAAACCAAUGUUGAGAACAACAGACAAGAAUGUAAAGAAAGAGGCUGUGGAAGUGUUUAAACUGAUACAGUCAUACAUGGGAGAUAGGAAGACCAAGUUAACCCAGUCCCAGUUGGCUCUCGAGAUCACCAUAAAAGGAUGGUCUGUCGGUCCUGACCUUCGUGAUGAAACUUUCAUACAGAUAUGUAGACAAACAACAGAAAAUAAGAAAGAGGACAGUUUACAGAGAGGAUGGGAACUAAUGGCUAUUCUACUGAAUUUCUUCCCUCCCACCCAGAAGUUCUAUUCCUAUCUUGAGGGGUAUAUCUCCAGACAUAUAGAUCCCAAAUAUGACCUAGAAAAUUUUAGCCUCGCCGCUGGUGCAACACCCAGCGGGAUAAGAUAUACAGACAUCAUUGAUGACGAACAUUAUAAUCAU